AUGGGCAGUCGUUACGGUAUACUAGAAGCGGUCAACAAGGCACUAAUCCGCAAUGCCUCAGAUAUCGGUGACGCGCUUGAGAUCGCCGCACGAAAUGGGAAUGAGCAGGUAGCACGUCGACUACCCUCUAUUCACCCCGGCGACCACCCUAGCAACGAGCCCGGCAUGCCCGGUGCCGUGUGCCACGGCUACAACGCGCUUCGAUGGGCAGUAGACGAGGGUAACCGGCGCGUGGCAUGGCUCCUCCUCAACGCACCACACAAGGUGAACCUGGAUGCCCGUGACGAGGUCGGCAGGUCGCCAUUGUCGUACGCCGUGGGAUUCGAGUGGGAGUGGGAAGAUGUUGCAGGCCUGCCAGAGAAACUCCUCGAAUCGGGGAUAGUCAACGUUAAUUCUCGGGAUCACGAAGGUCGAACGCGGCUGUCGUAUGCCAUGGAGCAUGAUAACGAUGCCAUCGCCGAUGUUGAUCAGCAGGAUGAUAAUGGAAAGACGCCAUUGCAGCAUGCUAUGGGCCAUGUUCGGUUUACUAAGGAUAUCGGGCAUCUCAAAACGGACAUGGCGGUAGCUAUCGCCGAGGUGCUAUUAACACUGGGCCAGGCCAAUGCUGCGAUGGACGGAGACCCGGCCAUGAUAAACAUGAUGUUAAGUUCGAGCCUGGUCGACCCUAAUGUGCGGGAUGAUUGUGGAAGAACGCCAUUUUCGUACCUUGCAUCCAGUGGCAACGUGUCUGUCAUUGACCGGCUGCUACGGGGUACAGUUUUUGUCGAUCUUGAUGCGGCAGGUUCUGACGGAAGGACGCCACUGUCGUACGCCGCCCAGGAGAACGACGAAGCUGUUGUUGGUCUACUCCUGGCUACGCGCUUAGUCCAUGCCAACGAGCGCGAUCGUCACGGAAGGACACCUUUGUCGUACGCUGCGCAGCACAACGACGCAGCCGUCAUCGACCGGCUCCUGGCCUGGGGCUUAGCUCAGGCCGACGUGAAGAAUCAGCAGGGAAGGACGCCUCUAUCGUACGCUGCAGGUAGAGUCGGCUGGGACCCCCCAAAGCAAAAGCCAGAGAAGCGUGAGGAAACGUAUUUGUCUGGCCUCGCCGAGAGACUACUGAGGGAGGGCGAAUGGGCGAGGCCGCAGCCGGACAUUUCUCCAAGGAUGACAGGGCCGGACGCCGUUCAUAUGGUGCCAAGCGUUGAGAGCCACAUAUCAGCCGGGAAUAUGAAAUCGAAGCCCAUCUCCGACAAUGUGGCUGCGCUGGCGCCAGCCACCGUCGUCAGCGCCGUCCACGACGACAAGUCCUUGAUCGAGGCGCCGUCCGACGAGACGCUCAAGGUCGCCCGAGGCGCCUCCCGCGAGUCCCAGCAAAAAGCCCGCGAAAACGAACCGAACCCGUCGACGACGGAGAAGCCCAACGCCGUCCCUGAUGAUGCGUUCGCCGGCGACGACGACCGAAAGGCGAUGGUUGCCGAGACAAACGACGCCGCCCUCCUACACGAGGAGUCGCCGUACGAGGAGGUGCGCGCGGCGGUGCGCAACACGGACGGCGGGGAGGUGGCGAACACGGUCCGCGCCUGGAUCUUGGGCAUGCUGUUUGUGACCCUCGGCGCAGGCCUGAACAUGUUUCUCAGCAUGAGGAGCCCGGCGAUUGCGUUCCCAGCCAUCAUCGUCCAGCUGCUCGUCUACCCGAUUGGUUGCUUCUGGGCGCGCGUGGUGCCGACGCGCAAGUUCAAGGCCCCCUUUGGCGGCGGCCUUGAAUGGACUUUCAACCCGGGCCCCUUCACCAUCAAGGAGCACACCGUCGUUACGCUCAUGGCCAAUGUCACCUUUGGCUAUGCCUACAGCACCGACGCGCUGCUCGCGUUGCAGGGCAAGCCCUUCUACGAUCGCAACCUCGGCUGGGGCUUCGCUCUGCUCUUCACCCUCAGCUCGCAGCUCAUCGGCAUCGCCUUCGCCGGCGUAUUCCGUCGCUUCCUCGUCUGGCCGGCCGCGAUGCUGUGGCCGGCACAGUUCUCGAGCACCAUCCUCAUGUACGCGCUGCACGACCGCGGCAGCGGCGGGGCGAGCGCAAACGGAUGGCGGAUCAGCAGGUACAGCUGGUUCUGCCUGGCCGCGGCGGGUAUGUUUGCGUACUACUGGCUCCCGGCCGUCGUCUUCCAGGGCUUGUCUGUCUUUUCGUUCCCGACCUGGAUCCGACCUGACAACGUCGUCGUGAACCAGCUCUUUGGCGGCUACUCGGGGCUCUCCCUGCUACCCAUCACGUUUGACUGGACGUACGUCACGGCGUACCUCGCCAACCCGCUACUCGCGCCAACGCACGCGCACGUCAACACGCUGGUCGGCCUGGUAUGCUUCAUGCUGCUGCCCAUCGUCGGCAUCACCUACACCGGGGCGCUGUGGUCCAAGUAUUUGCCGCUGGUCACCUCGCAGGUGUACGACAAUACCCAGAAAGGCUACACGGUGAACAAUAUUCUGGGCCCAGGCUUCACAUUUGACGAGGAGAGCUACAAGCGGUACUCGCCGCUGUUCCUAAGCCCCGCGCUGGCACUCAACUACGGCCUCUCCUUCGCGGCGCUCAUGUCGACCCUGGUGCAUACGAGCCUGCACCACGGCAAGGAGAUUUGGCAUCGAUUCCGCUCCUCACGCAAUCAAGAGCCAGAUGUUCAUUUGAAGCUCAUGAAAAGGUACCAAGAGGCCCCCGAUUGGUGGUACGGGGCGCUUUUCCUGCUCUCGCUCGCCCUGGGUCUAGCUACCGUGCUCGCAUACGACUCCCAGCUCCCCUGGUGGGCGUUUUUCGUCUCGCUUCUCCUGGCGGUCAUCUUUAUGAUUCCCAGCUCCAUGAUCCUGGCCGUUUCCAACAUUGUUAUUAGUCUAAACGUCCUCUCCGCCUUCCUAGCCGGCUUCAUGAUCCCGGGCCGGCCGAUCGGCGUCAUGAUGUUCAAAGUGUUUAGCGUCAUCACCCUCGGCCAGGCGCAGACGUACUCUAGCGACCUGAAGCUCGGCCAUUACAUGAAGAUUCCCCCCAAGGUGACAUUUUGGUGCCAGGUGAUCCCCACCAUCUGGGCCGUCUUUGUGCAGAUCGCGGUCAUGAACUGGACGCUCGGCAACAUUGAAGAUGCAUGCCAGGUGCACCAAAAAGACCACUUCACCUGCCCCAACGGCCGCGCAUUCUUCUCUUCAAGUAUCGUAUGGGGUGUCAUCGGGCCGCAGCGCAUGUUUGGCGUUGGCAGCAUGUACAGCCACUUCAACUGGUUCUGGCUCGCGGGCGUCGCUCUCCCGGUCUUGCUUUACCUCCUCGCCCACAAAGCAGGCAUCCGUUUCUUCCGCCACUUCAACGCGCCCAUCAUGUUUGGCUCCAUGGCAUGGCUCCCUCCGGCGACGCCGCUCAGCUUCUCGUCCUGGGCCAUUGUCGGCCUCAUCUUCAACAAGUGGAUUCACAACAGAUGGAACGGUUGGUGGACCACGUAUAACUACAUCACGGCAUCCGCUCUCGACGCAGGCUUGAUCUUGAGCACCGUCAUCAUCUUCUUUGCCAUUACAUUCCCAGGUGUACCUAUACCGCAGUGGUGGGGUAACGUCGCUGUACAAAACACCCUCGAUGCGAGAUAUGCGGCAAUGCUCAAGACAGUACCAAAGAAUGGCACGUUCGGGCCAGAGACAUGGUGA